GGGGGUGGCAGAUAGGGUUGGGGACUCUCUUCUAAGUUUGGUUUAGGUCCUUCUCUCGGCCCCCUCCAGUCCCCCAGUCCCAACGUCCCGACAAGCGAAAGGCGGACCACAGCUAAAACCAGCCCAGAGGAAUUUCUGUUUCCCACAUCCUUGAAGACAAGAAAGGAACGAUUGCGUUGCCAUGGCGUCACCGAGCGAGGGCGAUCAGACGGUGCCUGAUGGAGAGAGUGAAGAGGAGGCGACUAACGUCAAAUCUAUUCAGUCCCACUAUCUCCGCUGUCCCUCCCCCAGCAGUUUCUCCAUGAUCUCGGAGUCCAGAUUCUCCAUGAUAUCAGGGUCGGAUGCCGAGAGCAUCUAUAUGGAGCCCAUUCACCUGUCCUCAGCCAUAGCUGCCAAACAAAUCAUCAACGAGGAGCUCCCACAACGGGGUAUCACGGCAGAGAGUACCCCAGACAGCAUGCUGGAGACAGCGGAACAGCUGAUGGUGGAGGACCUGUACAACCGGGUGAAGGACAUGAUCGACGACCGCAGCCCCUAUAACACCCCCUGUGUGAUGGACAUCCAGCGGGCCAUGGUACAGGACCGCCUGGAGGCCCCCAACAACCCCGUGGACGAGGUGUGGAACAACAUAUUCAUCGCUGAGAAAUCUGUGGCUGUCAAUAAAGCUCGUCUGAAGCGCAUGGGCAUCACCCACAUCUUGAACGCUGCCCACGGCACCGGGGUCUACACCGGGGAGGCCUUCUACGCUGGCAUGAACAUCGGCUACAUGGGUAUCGAGGUAGAUGACUUUGCAGAGUCUGACAUCUCCCCUCACUUCAGAACCUGCGCUGAGUUCCUGGAUGAGGCCCUGUUGACACACAAGGGCAAGGUCCUAGUGUCCUCCAUGAUGGGCGAGAGCCGCUCCGCUGUGCUGGUGGCCGCCUACCUCAUGAUUUUCCAACACAUGACCAUCAUGGAGGCACUGACUGCCCUGAGGAAGAAGCGGCCCAUCAACCCCAACGAGGGCUUCCUGAAGCAGCUGCGUCAGUUCAACGAGACGCUACUAGAGGAGCGUGACGACGACGACGACACCCUCAGCCAGUGCUCCGUCAUCGACGCCCACGCCCGCGCCCACCUGUUCGACAACGAGGAGAGCAUGAUAGGUGUGAAGGCCCACCCUAUCAUGAUGGAGGAGGAGGAGGACAGCCAAAGCGUGAUGAGUAGCGUGGCCUCGUCCGCCGCAGCCGCCGCCCUUAGGGCCAGUGUUUUCAGAGGGCAACAGACGGGGCUGGAACAGGCAGAGACGACGGAGGACCUUGUCCUGCCUGGAAAAGACGGUGGCGACGGUGGGGAUGAAGACAGCAUGAGCAUGAUCCGCGAGUGGCAGAGGAGGAACGAGAAGUACCAGAGCGAGGAGUGGUGGGAGCAACAGCUGAUGAGCGAGGCUGGGGACGAGGAGUCUCUCCUGGGGGGCAUGCGGGGUCCUGGGGCACCAGGGGACGAGGACCUGGAGAGCGUGACCAGCGAGGACGUCCAGGCCAUGAAGGAGCGCCUGAAGCGGCGCCCGCGGCGCGCCCCCUCAGACUCAGUGUCCACGGCCAGCUGCAGCAGCUACUCUGACCUGUGGAAGCAGCGUCUGAAGGAGAUUGAGGAGCAGGCGGCGGCACGCUACCGCAAGAAGGACGAUGACAACGACAGUGAGAGCACGGCGACGGAGGGGACAGAAAAGAAGAAGAAGACAAUCGAGGACGACGUGGAGAGCGUGCUCUCGGACACCAGCUCCAUGUACAACUUCUGCAAGAGGAACAAGGAGAACCUAACUCCCCUGGAGCGCUGGAGGGUGAAGAGGAUCCAGUUUGGCUGGAAUAAGAACGAUGAAGGGAGGGAGGGGGAGAAAAGAGCCGAGGGUGCAGGGGGCAGUGGGGAGCAGGGAGAGGGCGAUGCUGAGGCCCGCACCCUGGCACUGGCGGACGUCAACCUCACAGCCUACCAGACCUGGAAAAUGAAGCAGGCGAAGCGGCUUGGAGAGGACAACAAGGCAACAAAAGAUGACAUUGUGGAGAUGAGCCGCGGCGAGGACUCGGCCACAGCCAAGAGGAAACAGAGGCGGGAGGAGCUCCUGGAGCGCUCGCGGAAGACGCUGGAGGAGAGUCAGUCCAUGUGUGGCUGGGAGACGGAGAGCUCCAUGAGCGGAAGCACCCUUCCGCUCUCUGCCUUCUUCGCCCAGCCCGGCAGCUCGCAAGCUGGAAGCAUUGCCAAUGAUGACAACAUGUCCAUGUUGAGUGGUAGGUCUUCUGUAUCCCAAGCCCACAGCACCAGAUCCCAGGCCUCCAUGGGCCCAGGAAUUCCCCAGGGCAUUCCCCAAGUCCCCAUGAUCCCUGUGCCCACAAUGCAGGGACCUGGUGGGGAGCCCAUGGUCGACCUGUCCAGCAUUCAGAACUGGAUCGCCAAUGUGGUGUCCGAGACCCUCAUCCAGAAGGAGCGUGAGAUGAGCCUCCCCCCGUCCCAGGCUGGAUCGGUGCUCAGUUUUGGUGGGGCAUCCAGCGUGGUGGGGCCAGCAAGACGUGGCCUGGACGAUGACAAGGCUUCUAUGCUGAGUGGAGCGUCCUAUUCGAGCUCGCUGGACCAUCACGGUGUCGGUGCUGACAGGGCCAAGUCUGUGCUCUCCGGUAGAAGUACUGCUUCUUCUACCAGUAACCUCUCCAGCGUCUCCAGUCUGGGCUCCCGCAGGAGCAAGAUCACCUCCACCAGCGUGCCCCUCUACAGCCUCUUCGCGGACCAGGUCAACCUCCAGAAGCUGGACUCCAUGGACAAGCAGAUGCAGUCGGAGAUGAGGGACAAGAUGGCCUCCUACGGGGUGAAGAAGAUCGCCGAAGAUAAUAAGCGCAGCACACUCUACAAGAAGAAGAAGCCCAAGGACGAGGGUGAAGAGGAGGAAGAGAAGGAGGAUGACUAUUUAACAGGAAAGACGUCUUUCCCACCUGCCACAGCGAAAAAGAAAGCACCUACGCGAAGCUAUGGCCUCUCGGGCUGCCUAAAUCUUUCCACCGCUCUGGAGAAAGAAAAGAACACCAGCGUUGACGAAUGGCUAACCAACGUCAUGCCUCCUUCGAGGAAACCAGCGUCCUAUAGUGCAGAAGACGAGGCUGAUCCAGGGCCAUCUGCCUCUGAGUAUAACUUCGGAGGCCGGAGGGACUCGUUUGCGGAGGCAGAAGAGGAGGAGUAUGAAGUCGCAUCCAGAUAUCGCUCCAGAUUCCAGGCAGACACAGAGUCACGUGUACUUGGCGAAUUCUCUUCCAACGGCAUGGAUUCCAGCAGCUACAGGGCUAGAAGAUCCUACGCAACCACUGAGGAAGAGGAGGAAGAAGAGGAGAGUUAUACAUCAAAGAGGAAGUUCACUCAUCAUUCACAAUAUGAGAGUGGAGGGGAAACAGAGGGGAGGAUAGGAAGGAAGGAGGAAAAGGAGGAGGAAGAAGAUGUCGACAGUUUCCUCAGCCAGCUUAGGCAGAGGUCUCGGGCUCGGGCUGAGGCAGAAAUGCAGGAUGAUGAUGUCGUAGCCGCUUGGAGGGCACAACAACAAUCAAAGUCAAAUGGUUACAAAAGCAGUGACUCUUAACCAAUCAAAGACAGUCUCACACUUACAGUAUGAAAGAAACUCAAUCCAAUAUUAAAUAUGGACAAAUCAAUGUUUCUUCAGAUAAUAAGAUAAAAUUGCACACUUGCUACACAUGCUGCCGCUAGUAAAUGUGGAUUUCUUAGAACAUCGCUUGUGAUCUUUUUAUUCUCAGAAGUGGGGAGGCAUGAAUAAUUCUAUAGGUAGUUGUUCUAGAUCAUUCUGAAAUGUAAAUACUAAUAUAAAUCAAAUAUCUAAGCUUUAGAAUAAUAGAAAAGGGAAAAUGUGCACUUCGCUUUCUAAACUCAAACGAGUUUAUUUCUCAUAGUCAAUUUUAUAAUCAAAUGCAGACAAAAUAUUCAUAUUCAAAAUAUUUAAAAUUGCCUCACUGCAUUGCUUGUGCAUUUCAAGUACAGUAACACACACAAUGCUUGCUGUUUGAUGAAUUGAUUGUAAAAUGCAACAACUAACCUACAAAACAAUAUAAACUAGAUUAUGAGUUACAUGUUCAGGACAUAAAAUAUUUACACGGUACAAUUUCUGGAGCACAAACGCAACCCCAUUUCAAAGCAUUUAUAACUGCAAUAAAUGUUAAAGCAAUGA